CUGGGUCCUAGACAGCCAUCUACGUGAAAACAUUGCAUGGCGUAAAGAGCUACAGCAGGGAGAAGGUCAGGAUGGUCCAGAAAAUACUUAACAAAUUCAUCGGCAGCAAAUACAUAACUAUUGUGCGAACGUGGGUACCAAACAUGGUCGCCUGGGGGACAGUUGGCGGAGUGGCCCUCGUUCAUUUCACAGACUGGCGGUUAUUUUUAGACUAUGUGCCAUACAUUAAAGGGAAAUUCAAGGAUGAGUAAAGUCUCACACAACUCAAUUGACCAGAUCUGGGGGUUGGACACAUGGGCGGAUGCUUUCACAAUGCAAGUUUAAAGGGGAAUCUGUGGCUCACCAAUCAGUCGCUGCAGGCUUGUGAGGAGUUUGGACUUGGGGAUGCACACUGUAUGAAUGCUGUUAUUGAUCCAGUAUUAUUUAAUGUGAAUAAAACUUUAAUUUUC